AUGGAGCUCGAACUAGUUGGAGUGGUUGGUAGUUGUUGGGUUGUUGAUAUGGGUCCAGUGGUUGCUUUUGUUGCAGCUGUAGCACUGUUGGGAGUGACAGGUGCUGGGAGAUGCUGCAAGAGACUUGUAGGAGUGGGAGAAUCAGCGCCAGCUUUGGUUUUCUUCAAUAUUAUAUUCAUUUGGGGCGUUUAUAUUGGAUUGGUUCGACAAGUCAUUUCACCUUUGCUAGACGUUAUACUCAAUGCAGAGUUCUCUAUGCUCGUGAUUGGUCUAUGCAGUAUCCUGACAACAGACCCUGGUUAUGUUACAAAUGAAUCUUCCCAUCAUAACCAGCUUGUUGAGAGUCCUGUCUCAGUAUUUGAAGCCCAUUCUGAGGAACUGGUGCCUUCAACUCGUGACAUUCCCUAUGAGUUUGUUGCUUAAGAAGUAAG